AGAGAAGGGGACACCGACUGUCAGAUUUACAAUUCCAAUUUCCAUAAACAAACUUACACCUAAGCACGGAUCUUAAAGCUGACACUUAACUACACCACAUCUCAGAUCUAAUGCUGACUCUCUCCCUCUCUCUCUCUCUCUCCCUCCCUCGCACUUUCUUCGAUGACGUAAAACAUAAAAUAAGGCUCCGAUGAUGAGGUUGUUGCCUCUUUCUCCUUGCAUCUACUGCACUCUUUCUCUCUGCAACAGAUCUUAUGACUUUCUCUCUCUCCGCCAUUCUUUUUGACGUUUAGAGAUGCUUUUGGCGGCGGAGGCGGCGGUUGCUCCUACUGAACUCUGCUACUCUACUUAAUUCGGCAAUGAUGAGUGGUAGGAAUAGUUUGAGAGAAUCUCUGGUCGGAGGAAGGAAAUUUCCGGCUGCAUCGCUUUCGCAGCAUCACCGCCGAGGUCAAAGUUUGAAUGGUUUAUCUAAAGAUUCUGACGAGAACUUGGAUCUUUUCUCCAAAAACCGCCGCAGUCUCUCAGUCGCCUCUUCUGAUGAAUCUUCCGAUGUUUCAGUCAAACUUGGGAGACUUUCGGUUGGAUCGGCCAAACUAGCAAAGAGCGGGAUUGAUGAUCUAUUGUCAUCCACAGAUGGUGGAAAACAUGAUUAUGACUGGCUUCUUACUCCUCCUGGAACUCCUCUCUUUCCAUCAUCUGAUGGCAGUGAGUCUCAACCAACUUCAGUCGCUCCGAGAAGUAGUUCCUUGGCUAGAUCAGCUUCUAGUGCCAAAACUUCAAGGCUUGCUGUCUCACAGUCAGAGAGUCACCAAUCCAUGAGACCAACUAGAAGUAGUUCACUGACUCGCUCUUCUAUAUCAUCUUCACAAUAUAGCACCUAUUCAUCAAAUAGAUCUUCUUCAAUCUUAAAUACAAGCUCAGCUUCAGUUUCAUCUUACACUAGACCAUCCUCUCCAAUUACCCGCUCUUCCUCUGCAGCAAGACCUUCUACUCCAUCUUCUGCAAGACCUUCCACUCCAUCUUCAGCAAGGCCUUCCACGCCAUCUUCCCGCCCAUCAGCUUCACGUUCAUCAACUCCAUCUAGAGCUCGUCCAGCCCCCGCCAACAAUUUAAUUGACAAGACUCGACCAACCCAAAGUUCAAGACCUUCUACUCCAAGUUCUAGAGCACAAAUUCCUGCAAGCUUAAAUUCAACUGCUACUCGAUCUAAUUCUCGUCCAUCUACUCCCACGCGUCGGAGUCUAGUAUCUUCUGUGCCAGCCUCAAGUCCUUCAACUUCAGCUGGGCGUGUUCUUUCAAAUGGGCGCGUUACUGCACCGUCAUCCCGACCAAGUUCCCCAGGCCCUCGACUCCGAUCUCCACAACAGCCAGUUGUUCCUCCUGAUUUUCCCCUUGACACACCUCCAAACCUCAGAACAACUUUGCCAGACAGGCCACUUUCUGCUGGGAGGUCCCGGCCAGGUGCUGCCAUUACUGCGAAGGGGAGCCCAGAAACUACAAGCCCAGCUAAUGUAACAAGAAGACAUUCAUCCCCCAUUGUCGUAAGGGGAAGACUCACAGAUGUCCCUGGUAAGGGUCGUGCAUCUUCCAAUGGGCAUGUUGCUGAUUUAUCCGACUCUCGAAAAGCCUCACAUGUGUCAGAUUUAGGAAUGCGGAAACCUGUUAAAUCAUCUUCAACAGUCACAGAUAGUACUGGGUUUGGGAGGACAAUAUCUAAGAAGUCUCUGGAUAUGGCUAUCAGGCAUAUGGACAUAAAAAAUGGCACUGGAGGCACUCGGGUACUUUCAGGCACCACCCUUUUCCCUCAGAGCAUUCGAUCUUCUUCCAAAACACAAUCUGUACGUUCUGUAAGUGCUCCAGAAUCCAUUAGCAAUGGAGAUAUUUUGGAGAAUGGAAACCAUAUUAGCAGAGCUGCAGAAAUUGUAACUGAAGCAAAUGAUGGUCGAUACACUGCAAAAUUGAGUGAAGUUGACAUCUACGAAAGCUCGCGUUAUGAUGCAAUAUUACUGAAAGAGGAUUUGAAGAACACAAACUGGCUGCACAGUAUUGAUGAUAAAUCCGAUCAAGGAUCAAUCUUUGAUAAUGGAUUUGAGCCUCUGCCUGAACCAUUUGGCCUAUUAUAACAUCUGAAAAUUGGGAGUUUAUUUUUUGAAGAUAUUUAAUUUUUUAUAAAAAUUUAUUUCUUAUUCUCGUUAAUUAUUUACUUGGAAAGAAUGAAAUGUGUCGACUUUUAUCGCAAAGAACUUGUAAAGUGAAGAGGCAUUCCUUGCAUUCUGCAAUGAGAUUAAUGGUUUCACUGUUGAUCGUUUUAUCUAAUUUAUAAUGUAUACAAAAUAUAUGUUUUAAA